AUGAAUCGGUACGGAGUUCAUAAUCUUGAUUGGAACUUCACAAAAUCACGAUGUAUAUUUUGCGAAACAAAAAAUAGAACUUCAUGUGGAGAACAUUUACAAAAUGGACAAAAAGGACGACUAACAGGUGGAAUAGAUCAUACAAACAGUGUACUAGAGAAAAAGUAUAUUGAAGUAACUAAAGAUAGUGAUAAAAAGUGUGGCUGUUUAGGAAAUAAAAAUGUAACACCUAGACUUAAUCUGUGUGACACAUGUGGUGGAUAUGCAUACAGUGGGGAAAUAGGAUGUGCUGAAACACCACGUCAUAAUAUUACAGCUUUAACUGCUGAUGCGGCGGUACCAUCAGACACAGCAAAAUUUACAUGUUGUCCUUGCCGUGUGAAAGCAUCGGAAGUCAAACAAUUAAAAUUAAAAGCAGCUGCAGAAAGACUAAGGAAAAACAAUCCGUUAAUUGGUGGUCCAUAUGCUGAUAAAUUAGCAAGCGUAUUCUCGGCUAAUAAUAAAGGGAAACAGCCAAUAAUUGUGGGUUACCAUUCAGAUGGCGCACCUAUUUAUGUAUCUUAUACUGGAACUUCGAAUAUUAUUGGAUAUAACGAUGACGGAUCACCUAUUCAAGCAGGUCAAGGCGGAGUUGCAGAUAAAAAUUUAGUAAUGGGAUAUAGAAAAGAUGGAAGUCCAAUUCAUCCACCGUCUAAUUCAAAUCCAAAAGAAUCAAUGGCAGUCAUUGGUACAUAUGUUAAAGAUGGUUCACCAAUUAUUGGUAGCAUUAAAUUAUGGGGUGGUAUGUUAAUGAAAGGUAUUGGAAGAGAUGGCAAUCCAGCGUAUGUACCAUUAUCAGGGCCUGUGGCACCAAUUCCUAAAACAAUAACCUCUACUCACUCGAGUUUAAAGGAUUAUACUCAAAAGAGAUCGAAAGAAAACGAAAAAAUACAAGGUUUGAAAGGUGUAGUCAGAACUAUCCCUCCAACAAGGUCAAAAAUAUCAGAACAGUCGAAAGCGACUGAUUCAGUUGAGCAAAAGAAAAAAGCCGAUCUUGAUCGAUUGUUUAAAUACUAUUCCAGAAAUCGUUCUAAAGAUCCAAAAGCAUAUAAAGCGUUAAUGAAAAUAUUAGAAAAUUUUUAUCCUCAUUGCACAAAUCAUCAAACUUGUUUACGUGAACACGAUUUGGUUCCUAAAAAUAGAGGUUGGAGAUGGCAAAAUCGAUUUGAUAACUGUCUAGUUUCGAAGUUACCACAUUUGUUUAAUCCAUAUUACAAACCUGGUGCAGUUCCUAAAAUCAUUGCAAAAGAAAUUGAAAAAGGUCGCAGUUCACGUCGAUAUAGAAAGAAAUAUUGUGUUUCAUAUAUUUAA